AGUAGGCAGAGGAGUGCAUAAAAGUACUCCCAGGCCAAAUCACAGCUCACACGAGCUCUCACCUCCUUCCCUCCCACUCCUUGGCAUCGUACCGUUGACCAAGACCAACCGGCGACGCCGAAUCAGCCGCAGGCUCCCCGGCUCCUCCUCCUCCUGCGCCCACCACCAUGUCCGGCAGCGGCGGCCCCAGCCGCGACAAGACCCGCUGCGGCAGCUGCUGCACGCUGCUCGUCUCCCUGGGCUUCAUCGUGCUCAUCUACUGGGCCAUCUUCCAGCCGCACCAGAUACGCGCCAGCGUGGAGUACGCCGAGCUCUCCAAUCUCACCGUCUCCAACGCCUCCUCCUCCUCGUCCUCCUCCGCCGCCGCCGUCGCGGUGUCCUACCACGUUUCCGUGAACCUGACCCUCUACAACCCCAGCAAGCGCGUCAACAUCUACUACGACACUCUGGACGCGGAGCUCCGGUACCGCGGCGCCGUCCUGAGCCCCGCCGCGACCGCGACCGCGGCUGCGUCCCCCGUCGAGUUCUACCAGCGCCGGAAGUCCGCGCAGGCGGUGAGGAUCGAGUUCGACGGGAAGGGCGUCGCCUUCCCCGGCGACGACGACGUCGGGAAACAGCUGGAGGGCGAGGUGAAGGCCGGCGUGAAGCUGGGCCUGGAGCUCAACGUCGACGCGCGGGUGAGGUACGUGUUCGGGAGCAUCAAGAUCCGGCAGAAGCCGACGGUCUGGUGCGCUUUCAGCAUCCCGGUGCCGUCGACGCCCGGCGGCAUGGGCGUUUCUUUCUCCGACGACCGGUGCUGGGUCAAGUACCGGUGAUGAAUUGGGUUGAGUUCGCUUGUUGAUUAUGGUGUCUGAUUUAUUGUUCAGAAGAGUUUGAUUAAUACGAGUACAGUGUUGUUUUUUGGGUUAAUUGUUGGUGUGUAUUGUGAGUAGAGUAGUUGAUUUGGUGAGUGUGAAAGCUGAUUGUGCUAUUGCAUUAUUCAUUUGUGAGUGGUUAUAAAUAAGAAUCACAUCAACAAGUGUCUGAUCUGCAAUUCCAGCCUGAACAUGGUUGUACUGUCUGCUUCUUACAGCGCGCAACUGGAUCUUAUAAAA